AGUAUACGUCGUGUUCGUGUAUACGUCUUUCUGUAAGACCCUGUUGAUCAAGAUUCCCGACGUUUUCGGAUAUCCUCGUUAUACGGUAGCGAAGCGCAGUUGUAGACCUGGUGGCCUUGUUUCUGAUAGAGUCGCGAUAUAUAAGCGUGAUAAAGAAGCCAUGUUCAUGUCGACAUUCACAAUCCACCUUUAUCCUCAUUCACACAACCAAUCUUCUACCCCAAAUCACAGAAUCGACCUUUUGUCCUCAAUCACACAACCAUACCCGCAUCUAUUUCCACUUGUACCUCAAACAUGGCUCCACACAGUACCUCACCCACGACUGAGACUUGGUCACCCCCAAUCAAGACCCCUGUCACUUCUCCUCAAGAUGUUUACACUACCUUAAACUAUACCGAACUCCCUGCCGGCGCCAACGGCCUCGACGUCAUCGGUGAUCAGUCUGGGGUACCAGAAGAUCAACGACGCAUGAAGCAGCGCGACGAUAUCACUGUAGCUAAAGACGUCGUUAUCAAAGACGUGCGCGGAAGAGAGGACGAAUUUAAAUUGGAUGUCCAAGGAUUCCAAUAUGUGAAUCAUUCAAUCGAGGGGGUGACUGACUGGACCGACCCGAAGCAAAUCACGGAAAAAGUUCAGCCAGCCACAGUGGAGUUGGUGAAGAAAUUGACUGGUGCCUCGAAAGUUGUUGUUUAUCUCGAUCGCAACCGGUUCAACCCAAACGAGAAGGGGAGUCAAAUGUCCACGGCACACUCUCCCUCUCAUGGCGUCCACACAGACCUUACACAUGCAUCCUGCCAUUUCACCUUGGCCAAGUCGGUCCCAGAUCCAGCAGAACGGGAUGAGCUCCUCAGCGGCAGAUAUAUCGUCGUCAACGUAUGGCGACCGGUAGUGACAAUCAAGAAAGACCCUCUCACAGUUUGCGACUGGCGCUCCGUCGACCCGGUCAAAGACAUCUACAAUGAUCGUAGAGUUGUGGGCGAUAACGUGAUGGAGUUUGGACUUCCGAUAUACAGUGACAAGCAUGAAUGGUAUUAUCUGAAUGAGCAGAGGCCGGAUGAGCCUUUAGUGUUCAAGCAGCUGGACAGCAACUUGGAGACAAACAUUACAUUGCCGCACUCGGCGUUUGUGGACCCGAAGUAUGUUGACUACCCUCCGAGGCGCAGUAUCGAGAUGAAGUGUUUUGCCUUCUUCGAUUGAGUUCUUCGCGUGCAGGAAUGAAUAGGGGGUGUCAGGAAGGGGUGUCGAUUACGGAUAUGAUCUUCAUGUUAUCUUUACGCAUGUAUUCUCUUGAAUGAUUUUGCUUAGCAUUCCUUGUACUAUAUCGUU